UGGAGAGCGAGUGGGUCGGUCUUCCUCAUUGAGGCGAACCAGGAGGGCUCUUGGACCCUGAGGAAGCCACACUGUCCUCUGUCUCUCUUUCUGUGCACAUUAUCAUCAGUGGCUCAUGCUUCCUCAAGAUUUAAACUCCGCCACUGCACAGUGCACACAAGUCUGGCAGAUUCCGCUGAGAGACGGCACCUGCUGUCAGCCCUUAUUUGGGUGGCCCGGUCCAUUGCUCUCUCCAACUUGUCCUCCUUCCAGGGGUCCAUCAUCAUCACCACCACCACCAUCCCUCCCCUCUGGGCCCAACUUGGGAGUUAAGUGGAUUUUGCAGAAGCUGCACCCACAGUGUCAGAGCAAUGGGUUCUUCCCACUCUAUGUCAGAAGAAAUCCGGGAGCUGGCCAACAAGACCGGCUUCACUACGGAUCAAAUUGAGAACCUGCACCGGAGAUUCAAGCAGCUGAGUGGGGACCAACCAACAAUCCGCAAGGAGAACUUCGAUCGCAUCCCUGACUUGGAGUUCAACCCAAUCCGGUCCAAAAUUGUCCAUGCAUUUUUUGAUAGGAGGAACCUGCAAGAAGCCUCUGUGGGGCAGGUGGACGAGAUCAAUUUUGAAGACUUCCUGACCAUUAUGUCUAACUUCAGGCCCAUUGAGAUGAAUAUGGAUGAAGAGCAAUUGGAUCGCUUCCGGAAGCAGAAGCUGAAAUUUCUCUUUCACAUGUAUGAUGCAGACAGCGAUGGGAAGAUCACUCUGCAGGAAUAUAGGAAUGUUGUGCAAGAGAUGCUCUCUGGGAACCCGCAUCUGGACAAGGAGUCAGUGAGGUCCAUCGCAGAUGGCGCCAUGAUGGAAGCAGCCACCAUCUGUGUAGGACAAAUGGAACCAGAUCAAGUAUAUGAGGGAAUCACCUUUGAAGACUUCCUUAAGAUUUGGCAAGGAAUAGACCUAGAGACCAAGAUGCAUGUCCGCUUCCUGACCAUGGAGCCCAUUGCAAUGUGCUACUGAUGGAGAAGACAGUGGAUGGAAAAUGCUGGUGCCUUUACAGAUACCUGGAGCAAAACGUCAGGUAGUCAAUACGGGUCCAAGGAGGGUUGCGUCUCCCAGAGUGGUCAAGCCAGAGGGCCACUGGUUCCACCAAACAGGUGGUGCCUUUGAUCUGAACUAGCUUUACAGAUCGUAAUGUAGGCAAAUCAUGAGACAAAAUCUGAAAAUAUUAAUUAAAAACAAGUUUUAUUUUUAAACCCUG